GAGCUACGUCACAAGGGCGCCCUUUCCGGGUGGCCUGGGCUCGCAGGGCACUCGGGCCCGUGCCCCGGGGGCAGCCACCCGCACCUCUUGUCGUGCCGGUGGCCCGUGGACCGUGCCGGGCCUUCUGACAUGGUGGACUACUACGAGGUGCUGGGCGUGCCCCGCCAGGCGUCGUCAGAGGCCAUCAAGAAGGCAUACCGCAAGCUGGCGCUCAAGUGGCACCCCGACAAAAACCCUGAGAACAAGGAGGAGGCGGAGAGGCGGUUCAAGCAAGUGGCCCAGGCCUACGAGGUCUUGUCAGACGCCAAGAAGAGGGACGUUUACGACCGGUAUGGCGAGGCUGGAGUAGAGGGCGGCGGUGGCGGCGGCGGCGGGGGCAGCGGGCCCUGCCGCGACCCCUUCGAGUAUGUCUUCACCUUCCGCGACCCGGCCGAGGUCUUCAGGGAGUUUUUUGGGGGCCGCGACCCAUUUUCGUUCGACUUCUUCGGAGACCCACUAGAGAACAUCAUGGGCGGUCGGAGGAGUUCCCGGGGAAGCAGAAGCAGAGGAACCGCUCCCUUCUUCUCCGCCUUCAGUGAAUUUCCAGCCUUUGGAGGUGGUUUUUCUUCUUUUGAUACGGGAUUUAGUUCCUUUGGUUCCCUGGGGAACGGAGGCCUUUCUUCCUUCUCCAUGUGUUGUGGUAGUGGUGGGACCGGCAACUUCAAAUCCAUGUCAACUUCCACCGAAAUCGUUAACGGCAAAAAAAUCACCACCAAGAGAAUCAUUGAGAAUGGCCAAGAAAGGGUGGAGGUGGAAGAAGACGGAGAGUUGAAGUCCCUGUUAAUAAAUGGCAAAGAGCAGCUGCUGCGCAUUGACACCAAGUAAUUCCAGUCCACGUUCAACUUAGAGCACAGGGACAUCUGUUGCAAUGGUCAGGGAAGAAGAAUCUUGAAGCAGCUGUCAAAUAUGGAAAUAUCUCAAAGAAUCCUGCACUGGAGAUGAGAGGACAGCCUAAGGGUUUGUUGAGCAUUCUAUAUUACUCCGCAGAAUGUGAGUUGCUGUUACCUAAAGCGUAAAUGGGCAAGACAACAACCCUGAUCAGUGACAUGGUGGGACCAGACAGCCACCCCCUACCCCCCCGACAGGGCCUGCUUGCUUCUGAACAGGAGGUAGCGGUCACCCAGUCUCAGAUCAGCCUCUAACUCCACUCCUCUUCUCCAGUCUUCUCUGUUUAGGCACUGGGGUCUUUCACCGAUAACUUCCUUGCCACACCCUCCUUCCAUGAAACCUCUCAUUUCAUACAAUGCCUCAGAGCUCCCCUAUACUUCCUAGAUGGGAUGAU